AUGACGGUGGAGGAGGAGGAUGACAUCGAAGAUGUGCAGGAUCACCUCAGGGACGCGGUGGAGGGCACACUGCGCCUCAAGCGGCUGCUCAGCGAAGACUCCGAGGACGGGACCAAAAAGCGGGCGAAGACGGAUCGGGUACCGCCCGAGCACCGUGAAAGGAUCGAGCUUCUGAUGUCGAAGUGGUCAGCGAUCAAUGACCGGGUCAUGCUGCACGUGCUGGAAGGACUAGCCUUCCACGAGCUGGAGUACUUGGAUGUCUCCGGCUUCAAGCCUGACCCCUUCAACUGGCAGACGAAAUCGCCAGCUGAUCAAGCUGCGAACCAUGCCGCAGUUUUUCGAGAAAAAGAGACGCUCGGUGGUGGCCCGCUUGACACGCUCUUGACGUUUCGCUCGCGGUGGAAGCUGGGGCAAGAGGCGGAUAGUUUGCUUCGAGGCCUCAAGCACAAGGACCUGAGGCACGUCAUGGAGCAUUACGAUGGGACCCAGAAGUUGCAGGAUCUGAUCGCGGAGGCUCAGAGAGCGCUGCCACUGGAAGGCCGAACCGAAGGCUGCAUGCCAGACGCGCCCGGCCUGGCGGCCAUGGGCCGCUUCCAUCGGCUGGAGCUCAUAGAGCCCACCGCCGACGCCGCGGUGUUUGGCGAUGCCAACCUCAGCUUUGCGCUGAACCUUGCCAAGCACCGCACGGCGCUGGGUCAUGUAGGCCGCGUCGUCGCAACGACCUUCGAGUCGUUGGACGUUCUGCGGGAACGCUACAAGGAGCAUUUUGCGGAAGUGCACCAUGAGAUCGACUGCACGCGAAUUGCCAUGAACCCAAAGUUUAGAGGUUUGGAGGGAUCCUUUGGCGCCGUUUACUACAACUUCCCUCAUGCAGGAUCCGUGGGUGGGUUCUUCGAUGGCCACCCCAUGGUGAAUUGGCGGCACGAGAAUUUGAUGCGGCUGUUCUUCCGUGCGCUUCGAUCCUUCAUGAAAGUGGGGGGGUUGGUGAAGGUGGCCUCAAACAUGGGCGCGGUGGGCGUCCGCUUCUCGUACAUCACUGGAGGCGCCAAAGAGAAUGAGUUUGACCAUGUCGAGACGGUGCCUUUCUUGCAGUGGAACCUUCAUCGCUACGGCCGGUCGUACGGUGACAGGCGAGACAAGAACCGCCGCCCAGACCAGGCGGAGGGCUACAAUGCCCAGCGGGCGGACAAAGAUAUGGUGUACACCUUCAAGUACAACCCCAGUGGCAAGGUCCUGGGCCCGCAAGGCAUUCGCCAUCCUCCGACGCUGGCCACUCUGGAGGAGUGCACCGAUGGUCCAUUUUUCUCGGUGGCUGGGGAGGCUAAGAAGCACCUGGCCAAGUCGCUUCACGAGCGGUUCUUGAAGGAGUGCUCUGGGCAGCAUGUUGGGUGA